CGGCAUGAAUCUGCGCACAACUAAUGGUGGGUUUCUCAUUGCUGAAGCAACCGGAGUCUCUGUUACUGCACGAGGGUACCCAAACACACCUGGAAUUUGGACAAAAGAGCAAGUUGAAGCUUGGAAACUGAUUGUGAAAGUUGCACAUGAGAAGGGAGGCAUCUUCUUUUGCCAUAUUUGUCAUGUCCGCCGAGUCUCGAAUUAUGCAUAUCAGCCAAAUGGUGAAGCUCCAAUCUCAUGUACCAAUAAGGGAGUGACGUCUGGCCUGGAAGGAGGAGAUUGGUCACCUCCUCGUUCAUUGAGAACCGAUGAAAUCCCUCAAAUUGUUAAUGAUUUCAGGCUUGCCGCACGUAAUGCCAUUGAAGCAGGUUUUGAUGGGGUUGAAAUCCAUGGAGCAAACGGAUACUUGAUCGAUCAGUUCAUGAAAGAUAAAGUAAAUGACAGAACUGAUAAGUAUGGUGGGAGCUUGGAGAACCGGUGUCGUUUUACUCUGGAAAUAGUUGAAGCUGUGGUAAAUGAAAUUGGAGCUGAUAAAGUUGGCAUAAGACUAUCACCUUAUGAACAUUACAUGGAAGCUGUUGACUCGAAUCCUGAAGCAUUAGGCUUGGACAUGGCCAAUGCACUUAACAAGUUUGGGAUUGCUUAUCUGCACAUAAUCGAGCAGCGGAGGAUUAAAACUGAAGAUGAGUAUGAAAUUCUGCAGAGUUUACUUCCUAUCAGGAUGGCUUUUAAGGGUACUUUCAUUGUAGCUGGAGGCUACAAUAGAGAGAAUGGUAACAAGGCUAUUGCAGAAAGUUAUGCAGAUUUGGUUGCAUUUGGUCGCCUAUCCUGACUCCUUGGCUAAUCAGAUUUGCCGAAGCAAUUUGAGCUACAAAAGAGUUGAAUAAGUACGA